CGCGGGUGCUUUUAAAGGCGCGAGCCCGAUAAAGAUCUCAACCGCCACAGAAACUGAAGGAAGCGCAGAGACGAUGACAGCUGCCAAAUUUCAUUUUAGAGUGGCUUUAAACUGCUUAAUCAAGACUCUGUCAUGGCAGCUUUUCACCUCGACGAGAAAUCUUGUCAUAUGUUUAUCUCGCCACUCUCCUAACAGAGAGUUAUUCUCAGGUUGUGCUGUUGUGCAGAUUCAUUGCUGGAAGGAAGCUCACAACAACAACAAAAAAAAGGCAUGUGCACAUGGAACCGCAGAAGAAAGCAAUCUGUUGACCUCGAAAACAAAGCAAGGUUCAUCAUGGCAAUGCUGAGAGGUCUAAUGCUUCUUUUCGUUAUCUUCUCCAUGGGAAAUGCACAAGUUAAUUUAGAUGAAAAAUGCCCCUUUGGAUGGAAAAACUUUGGAGUCCGAUGCUACAAGUACUUCUCUCAGUCGGCUGACUGGAUCACAGCAGAGAGAAGCUGCCAAAGUCUUGAUGCAAAUCUCGCAUCUGUUCAUCAUAAACUGGAAAACGAUUUUCUGCUGAGUCUGUUGCCUUCUUCUUCCUCACGUUCUUGGAUUGGUGCUCAUGAUGGUAUAAAAGAUGGACAGUGGUUGUGGAGUGAUGGAUCUGUGUAUGACUUUACCAACUGGUGCUCUAAAGAGCCUAACAAUGACAAAGGUCAAGAGACCUGUCUGGAGCUCACCUAUACCUCUAACCGUUGCUGGAACGAUUUGCCCAGUUCAUUCAAAACGGGCUAUAUUUGUGCUAUAGACCUGUGAGAUCAUGCAUUCACGCUGCUCCAGAAAUUACUUUGAUUGUACACCUUCAGAUCUUAUCUGUACAAAAAAAAAUGUUAUUCUGAAAUUGAACCUCAUUUAAAUCUUUUCAAAGCUUUAAUUUUUACCCAAUACCUUCUCUGAAACUCUUCUCUAAUCAAUAAAAGCAUUGAUACAGCAAAUCA